AUGGCGCUGACUGCGCGGAUACCAGGCUUCUCUGAACAGUAUAUCAUGAUGAACAGCGCCUUACUCAUAGGUGCAGUUAGCGAGACGAGGGUUUCUGCUGUGAGCGGCUUCUUCUUUUCCGCCGGAAUGGCACGGGAAAGGUUGAGACGGCUUAUCGAGGAAGUCCGACCCACAUACAACAGCGAGUCGGUGAUCAACUUUGUUAACUCACACCAUCUCCCUUACUUGCGCGCUUGUAUGGAAGAGACGCUGCGCAUUUUCCUACCGUUGUCGAAACACCGCCUCACCCCGCUCCGUGUCAACCAGGUGGCGGCCAUGCGCAACCCCGAUAGCUUCGUUGACCCAGAGAGCUGGUACCCAGAGUGGUGGCUGCCCAAAACGCACCCGCUCUACGGUCCCUGCAAGAUGGGAAACCCAGACGCCACUUUUCCUGCUUAG